AAUCAACUAAAAUUAGACACAGCAAGAACUGUUGUCUGUGCUUUGUCGGUCAUCCUGGUUGACUUAAAUCAUCCUUACGACCUCCUUUGCACCUUCUGGAGAAACCCAAUUCUUCAUCCCCACAAAGAAAAAGAAAUGGCUUCUCUUCACGAAUCGCCCAGAUCGGGCUACAUGCCAUCAUCUCGCCAGAGUCGCAUGGCGAUCGACUCACUGUUAAAUCCCCCCUCAGUGGAAGCCGAGAGGCCCACGCCCCGACUGCACUACAUCCGAGCCAGCCCGCAACAAUUCUCUCCUCUCUACCCCCCAAGUCCCAGCAGCCAGUACUUCUACGCCCCCUACUCCGACGGCCACCGCUCCUACUGGGAGAGCUCCGUGGGGACCCCCCACGACCAAGCAUUCCUCCCCUACCGGCCGCGCUCCGCCGAGUCCUCCCCCGGCGCGUACGCCCGGGAACGCUACGACUCCGUCUCCAGCAGCUCAAGCAACGCCCCGGAGCGACGACGCCCGCCCCGCCCCAAGUACGAGGAAGAGGAGAUGUGCUUCAUCUGGUACCACCGCGUGGACCUCUCGCAGGAAUGGAAGGAGGUGCGCGAGAGCUUCAACCGCCAGUUCCCCAGCCGCCAGCGCCGCGGCUUCCAGGGCAUCCAGUGCAAAUUCUACCGCUACAUCAAGGAGAAGGGCUGUCCGACGCUGCGGACCCAGCGCCGCAUGCGCGACGGCGAGUAUCUCCGCGAGGGCUCGGGUCUCUCAGACGUCAUUGCCGGCGGCGGCGGCGGCGGCGGGAGCAAACCGCAAUACGGCGUCGUCGACUGGGUCGGAGCCUGGUACCCUUGGAUGCGCGAGACCAAGCCCGAGGUGAUGACUCGACAUCGGGUGUCUGUCGAGCGACGAUUGGGGAAUUAGUCGACUUUUCCUACCAUUACGGCCGUUGAGCUAUAAUCGCAUGGUUGGACCUAUUUUUCAGUCUGACCUUGUUUUUUAUUUUCUUUCUUUUCCUUCUGUGGUGGUCUAGCUGGACUACUUUUACUUUUACUUUCACCUUCUGAUACU